UCGCAAUUUAACCCAGUAUAUAAGUAAGAACUUCCAUGCCCAGAUGGAUUCAAAGCAGAAACCCUCUAGGUAGUAAUAGGAUCUUCUGCACUUGCUGAGUGAAUGGCCAAUUACAAGAUACGAUAAUUGUCAAUUAAGAAAGUGUGCAUAGAAAAUAUGAAACUUUUGACAUUUAUAGCUUUAACAAAAUGGAAUGGUUUGGUAUAACUAUGUACGGAUAUCCAGAUCCACUAAAAGCAUACAUGAGGGAUGAUUACGUAGAACCCGAAGUACAACCGACAGUUUAUGAACAGUUGGCAAAAGGUACCAAGAAACAGUUUGCGGAUCUCUUGGCAACAAUUGAUGUUUAUAUUGGGAGGGCUGAUGGCUAUUCAUACAAAUCGAUCGAUAGGUACAAAAGAAUGAAGAGACGAGGUGUGCCGAAACCUGUAGCUCCAAAUGAGAUGUAUAGUCACCCGUUAACAACAGCAAUGGAAACAAGUUUCUGGACUAAUGAUCCCGAGUUACAAGAUGCAGACUGGUACAAGAAACGUUCCUACCAACCAAAGCCGUCGACGGAUAUUGGAAGGUUUGUGGAAGCUGCCAAGAAAAUUGAUAAAUUCUUUAAGCUGUAGCUAUUUUGUGAACAAUAAAUUGAUGUGCAUG